UAAACCAAAUAGAAAUGUUCUCUGAAAUUAUUUCUAUGAAGUGCUGUGAACUAUCCAAAAGUACUUACAAAGAGAGAUGAAAUUGUGUACAUACUUAAUAAAUAGAAACAGCUGUCUUUCAAAGUGGUUGGGGUCAUGGAUGAGGUCUUGGGGUAGCAAGCAGAAAAGUAGAAAAAGGGCGCAUGGCAAGUGAACCAUGAAGACACUGGAGGGAUUGGAGGAGAAAUUACUGAGAGGAAGCUGAAAUUUGAAUUCAAAUGCUACGUAUUGGGGUCCGAGGCUUCGCGGUCAACGGCUUAUUUGCGGGCCCCGCCGCAGCCGACCCGGCUCUUCGGUGGAGAGACGAUGGUGGGCUGGAACAGUGCCAUCGCCGCCGGCGUGUGCGGGGCCCUUUUCAUCGGUUACUGCAUUUAUUUCGACCGCAAGAGACGGAGUGACCCCAACUUCAAGAACAGGCUGCGAGAACGAAGAAAGAAACAAAAGCUUGACAAGGAGAGAGCUGGUCUUUCCAAGUUACCUGAUCUUAAAGAUGCGGAAGCCGUUCAGAAAUUCUUUCUAGAAGAAAUACAGCUUGGUGAAGAAUUACUAGCUCAAGGUGAAUAUGAGAAGGGUGUGGACCAUCUGACAAAUGCAAUUGCUGUAUGUGGACAGCCACAGCAGUUACUGCAAGUGUUGCAACAAACUCUUCCACCACCAGUGUUCCAGAUGCUUCUGACUAAGCUCCCAACAAUUAGUCAGAGAAUUGUAAGUGCUCAGAGCUUGGCUGAAGAUGAUGUGGAAUAAGAAACAAAUAUUAACAUAAUGAUAUCAAUUAAAACAUAUUUUUAAAAUCUUAACUCGGAAGAUGAUCGGCUCUGGGGGAGUAAGGGCAGAUGAGCUUGUUAUGGACUGUCCUCCACAGUGAAGUCUACCAAAGUUAAUUUUUACUUUGUGUAGAUCCAUUUGUCUGUUUUAUUUAUUUUUCCCAGUGAAAAGUGUAUUUUGAUAGAGAGCUUUUCAUUUUAUAAAUACACUAUGAAUUACUGAAA